AAAACUCGUCGUCUGAAACCCAAAAAUGUCGGUCUCGAUUGUGAUGUUGGGGCCUCAACUCGUCUCCAUGCCUGUCCCUCUCCGCAACCCCUCCGCAACGGCGUCGUUCGGACUCACCCAGAUGGCGCCACCACUCUCCGGUGGUACUGGGUUGGUCAUAGAAUGCUCGUCCAGGCCGCAGAAGAAGGCAACGGCGCACCACCGCAAGACCAGGCCACGCAAGACGGCUGCUUGGGACGUGAAACGUAAGCCCACUGUGUACGAUCCUCUGCCGCCUCUCCCUCCCGAUUGGGUUUUGCUCGCUUCUGCCGACGAUGCUUCUGCUGCAGACCCUUCUUCUCCGCAAGGACCGCCCACUGUUCAGUAGAAUAAUAUGGUAAUCCACUUCGGUUGUUGUUAUUAUGUUUGAUUAUUUUGAAGCUAUGGACAUUUUAAGCUUUGUUCUAUGUUAAUGUAAUUGAUGUUUGCUCUGUUUAAGUAAGCGUUUGUGCUUUGUGGUAUGA